CCGCGCUCCACGGUCGCACAGUGGCGGUGCCGCGUGACGUCACACAGUGUCGCAUCGCAGUGCUGUGUCGCGGGUCAGCGCCCCAGCUAGGCGCAGCGAGCGCCGGGUUGUCUACGCCGUAGGCGCCGCUCUAAGACAUCGCGCUGUUCCGAGGGACUUUCUUGAGAUGCUAGAGUGACCAGACACCAGAGAUGACUGCUGCCAAAGGAGGUGCCAUGUUGGCUCUUCUGCAGUUGGUAGCACUGGCAGCCAUGUUGCAUUCUAUGACUGCUGCGGAGACGUGUGACCAGUCUGUGACGGUGGUGAGUCCGCGGACGGCGGUGGCAGGGGGCGCCACGGCCGUGCUGGUCACCCUCAGUGGGGGGCCGCGCCGUCCCCCUCGGCCCCCCCUCAAUGUGACCCUGCACCUCUUGGCGGCGUCUGGCGGCGACGAGGCCGACGCCGACCGGCCCAUCAUCUCCAGGAGCUCUGCCCUGGUGCAAGGCCAGGCGGUGAUCCCAGUGCUGGUGCCUCUGGACGCGCCGCCAUCCUGCGUUCUCCAGGCAGUGGUGGGGGGCAGCGUGCAGACGUCUUCGCGGCUGACGCUGGCGGGGCCCCUGCGGCACGCCAUCCUGCGGCCAGACCGGACCUCCUACUCCCCGGGGGACACAGUGCACUUCUGGGUGCUGGCGCUGGACCAAUCACUGCGACUUCCCUCCGGAGCGGCGGGCAGCGUCUGCGUCAGGGACCCCGCCAGAAACUGCGUGGCGCGGUGGCCGCAAGUCAGCCUCGGACACGGCGUGCUGAGCUUCUCGCUACCGCUGUCGGGGGCGGCGCCCACGGGCACGUGGCACCUCCACCUGGAGGCGGACGACCGCCGUCUCUCCGGCUGGGGGGCGGCGGCCGCCUUCAACGUCAGCCUGCCGCAGCAGGAGGCAGCCGGGGGCGGCGGGGGCGGCGGUGCCGGGGGCGGCACAGCCAGGCCACUGGGCACGCCGGCCUCGCCCUGGCUGGGAGCCGGGGGCGGCGGAGGCGACGAGGGCGGCGGGGGUGUCGGGGGCGGAGGUCGCGGCGAGGCGACGCAGGCGUCGGCGCCGGAGGACGAGGUGGCGAUGGCGGAGGAGCACUUCGUGGAGCUGCGCUUCGGGCGCGCCGUCCGCAGGCUGUACAAGCCGGGCCUGCCGUUCGUCGGCAAGGUGGAGUCGGUGAGCACGGAGAAGGUGGUGCGGGUGCGGGUGAAGGUGUACGACAACACGACGGCCAUCUACAGCCAGGACCUGGAGAUCACGUCCGGGGAGGCGGCGUUCGUCGUCCCGGCCAUCCUCGCCGACAGCGACCUCAUCACGCUCCAGGCCGAGCUGGUCUCGGUGGGCGGCAAGGAGAUCGACAGCCACUACGUGCUGGCCAGGGAGCCCGUGCGCAGGUGGCCCGGCUCCAGCGCGCUCCAGGACUGCUACCUGCUCGUCCAGGGCCUGGAGAGGACCUUCCAGCCAGAGGAGCGCGCCCACGCCACGGUGCUGUCGACGUGCGCCUGCGAGCGCGACGUGUUGGCCGUAGUGACCGCCCCCGGGGGCCGCGUGCUCCACUGGACAGAGAAGCGGGCCGACGCGCCGCCGCCCCCGGACCUCAGGCCCCCGCCCGCCAGCGUCGACGGCGCCGCCAUCUGCCGCCUCAACUUCAGCUUCGAGGUGCAGGCGGUAAUGGCGCCCACCAGCCAGCUGCUCGUCUACUACGUCACCGAGGAGGGCGAGCCCGUCAGUGACGUCAUCAGCUUCGAUGUCAGCCUGCAGCACAGUGCCGUGUCGGUGAGCACGGAGGAGCGCGACUUCUGGCUACCUGGACAGCGCCUGGAGCUCCGCGUCACGGCUGAGCCCAACUCGCUGGUGUGCGUAGUGGGGGGCAGGCCGGAUGUGGCGGGGGCGGGGGCGGCGGAGGCGCGGCGCUGCGUGCGCGCCACCCCCAGAGGACCCCGCGUGGCGGCGCUGCGCCAGCAGAGGGCGCCCACCCCGGGGCAGGCGGCGGCUUCGGACGGGUCUGGAGGCUACGGCCUGGGCGCGCUCCAGCUGGGCGUCGACCACGUCUGGUUCUGGCGCUGCUUCAACUUCAGCGGUUCGCAGCAGCAGCACCGGACGUGGGCGGCGGCACCCCCGGAGCCGGGCCAGUGGACGGUGCGCGCGCUGUCGCUGCCGCUACCGCCGCCGCCCCGGCGCGGGCUGCGGCUGUCGGCGCCGCUGCAGCUGACCGUCUUCCGGCCGCUGGGCGUCGCCUUCUCGCUGCCGCCCACGCUGCGGGUGGGCGAGACGGCGCAGGUGGACGUCCGCAUCGCCAACAGCGCCGCCUCCUGCAUGGACGUGACGGCGCUGCUGUCGCUGACCGAGGGCGCGCACUUCGCCAGUUCGGGCCUGCUGUACGUCAGCGAGAAGCUGAGACUGGGGCCGCACGGCGCCACUUCUCUGGUGGUCAGGGUCGUUGUCACCAGCCCAGGCGUCAAGAACAUGACAGUGGAAGUGUCUGGAUAUGGUGGAGACUCGUGCAGGGACACCGGGGGCGGCAAUGGCACAUCUCCAGCGCACAGUGGGGGCAGCACAGGCAGCAGAAGUGCACUGUCUGCCUCUGUGACACGCUCAGCUAGCACGCUGGUCACGCCCGAGGGGCUCCGCCGGACAACCACCGACAGUGCCUACUUCUGCGCCAAUGAGAAACUGGUGGUGUCUACACCGGAGGACUUCCAGCCAGAGUGGCUGCCGGCUCCACGGAACCGCGCCGGCGUCGUCCUGGAGGUGCGGGCGGCGGCGCCGGGGGCGGACCGGGAUCGUGGGGGCGGCGCUGGGGGCGCAGUUGGCAGUGGUGGUGGAGACACGCCCCCGCAGCCGGCCGCCGUGGUGCUGCUGUCCUCUGGCAGAGGCGCCGGGCCCGACUCCUACCUGCUGGCGCUGGGAGACGUCUCGUGGCUCACCAGGGGGCCGCACGCUUACGGCGUGCGGUUGGCGAGUGCGGAGACACCUGGCCUGGUGACUGGGGAGUUCCGGACGCUGUGGCUGAGCUGGGAGCGCGGCCUGCUCUCUCUGGGCCGGGGUUCGCACCUCCACCAGGGCCCGCUGCUCAGCUGGCGCGCGCCCACGGACAGCCUGGCCAUCUCGCACAUCGGACUCUCCGCGCCCUGGGGAACUCCAGCAGAGUUCAGGCUGUGGAACUACAAUGAAGAAGCGGGCUUCUCACAGGUGCUUCACCUGGACGUGCCCCAGCCAGUGGUCCCUGGUUCAGAGCAGGGCUCCCUGUCCGUAGCUGGUGGACUUGCACUCCCAUCGUCUGCUGCUUCGUGGCUCCACCCAGCUCAGCAUGCCACCGACAUUGGCGAAGCCAGCAGCCUGGUGUCUACGCUCGCGUCGUUCAGCCCUCUGCCGACGCUGGACCACAGGGGGAUGCUGAUGGACCAGGAGGCGCCCUCUGGUGACGUCACGGACGUGAGGUGGCGGCUGGCCACGCAGCUGCAGGCGCUGCUCGUCUUCCGCAAGCCGGACGGCUCCUUCGGGGACCACCCCACGAAGGGCAGCCACAGCGGCACGGUGUGGGCCCUGGACGUGCUAAACCGAGCGCAGGCUCACGUCGCUGUCGACCCGCAGCUGCUGACGUCAGCCAAGCGGUGGCUGCAGGCCCGCCAGCGCGCCGACGGAGGCUUCGCGCCUGACGAUGCCGCCACGGGCGACGUCGAAACGACGGCCGAGACUCUGGUCGCACUGCUCGCUGUCGGGCUCGAAACGGAGGGUGACGAGGAGUGCUGCCUGCGAGCGCGCUACUUCCUGGAGCGGUCGCUGCUGCUGGACCGAUCCUCGGCUCCCCCUCCACUGUCUGCGGCCUCUCUGGCGCUGGCGCUGGUGGCGUCCCGCAGCGAGGUGGCCGCCGCCGCUGUCGCCAGGCUCAGAAACGUCUCCGCCAAUGAGGAGGGCGACUUUGGCUGGCCUUAUCACCUGUCAGACGCCAGAACGGGAACGCUGCCCAGGGACCGCCGACUAGCCACCACGGCAGCGGAGUACAAGGCUUCCCUGUACGCCCUGAUGACAUACUCCAUGAUGGGUGACCUGCGCUCCGCCGAGCCCGUCGCUAAGUACCUGUUCUACCGCUCCUACCUGCUGGACACCCACAAAGAGUUGGUGUACCUGUGCGUGCGUGCGCUGUGGCAGCUGUCGUCGGUGGCCCAGGACCGGGAGCGCGCGCUGACCGUCUCGCUGGCCACGUCCGGCAUGGAGCUGACAGACACUUUGGAGCUGAGACCGGGAACCCAGCCAGCCAGGGCGCUGCCGCUGCCCAGCCUGCCCACCAAGGUGUUCGUCUAUGCCACUGGCGCCGGCUGUGCCACCGUGCAGGGUCGCGUGAGCUACUCCACGUACGCGCCAGCCUCCCGGACGCCGCUGCUGGACAUCUGGGCGGCAGUCGAGGGCGAGGACUCGUCAGGGCUCCGACACCUCGAGGGCCGGCCUGCCAGGCUGUCCAUCAGGGUCUGCUUCAGGUGGAAGUCCCACCGACCAUCUGGUGUGCUGAGACUGGAGGUGCGCCUUUUCUCCGGGUUCCAGCUCUCAUCCUGGAGCGGCAGCGUGCAGGUGGACAGCAAUGGGACCACAGCGGACGUCCAGCAUGGUUCCAGGGCCGACAAAGUCUGGUUCCUCAUGUCUGGUGUGACCUCCCAGUGCGCAGUCUGCGUGCAGCUCUCAGCUGGUGGCGUCUACCCAGUGACGUCAUCCCGGCCGGCGUUGGCGCGGGUCUACCCAGCGGAGCGCCCUCACGUGGCAGCACACGUGUUCUUCCACAGCGCCACGCUGUUGACUGCGGGUGCCGAUGACGACCUCCUCACAUGGUUCGGCGCCUCACAACAAGGUGGAGUCCAGAUGGGGUCCAACUUCUCCGAGGUCUGCGAGUGCGGGCAGGAGUGCCCGCACGACCCGGUCGAGCCGCAGCCUUCGCCAGAGACGCCAGUCACCACCACCACGACCACAGCCACGGCGACGGCGUCGGCGGCCUCCAACGCCGCGGGCGGUCACGACCAGAGACCGGACACGACCACGAGGUCCCUGUCCACGCCCACAUCACGACCCACCAGCACGUCUGACGAGCCUGGGGGAGGUGACGUCACCAACAGUGGCGCGGGGGCGGUGACGAAGACGACGUCGACGCCCACGACCACGACCGAGGAGCCGGAGUCCGUCAACAUCAUCAUCACGGAUGACAACGCCGAGCUGGAGAGCCAGAAGGAGCGCCCGGCAGGAAAGAGACACGGCCCAUCCUCCAAGAGCGAGAGUCCAGAUUCUGGGAGGGGUGUCAACAUGGAGCGCCGCCCAGUGGACAGUUCAACGCCACUGCAGCAGGAUCACCAGAUGACACUGAAGGAGAGCCGUGGUCACGUGGGAGUCCAGCCUCCACCUCAAUCUCAACCUCAACCUCAGCCUCAGCAGGAGGAGCGGCUGCUGGUGCUGGACCGCGAUACACUGUGGGGAAUGCUCCGGGAGGCGGUCCACGUCGAGCUCAACAGCAGCAACCUGCUGAGGCGCGCCGCCACUGAGGCAGACUGAGCUCGAGGUCGCGGUCACCGGCCAGCAUCUGGCUAGGCUGCAGUGCGUGUACUGGACCUAUCAGUAGGUCAGACUGUGGGGCUAGUCACCGAGUAGCCAUCAGACAAGAUCGUGACAUCGGUCCUUGGUUUGUCACCAGACAGACUGAGUGGCCAGCCUCCAGUCUCCAAACCAGACUGUGGGCGUAUCCCCAACCUGUCAUGAAACUGACUAAGAGACCCAUCACUGGUCACCAGCCAGACGCUGAUCAGCCAGACAAUCUUAGAGCCAGUCAUCCAGCCUGCUGGAUGUGCCAUUGAUGCUCCACAGAGUGUGUACUGUCGUGAGCCUGUCACAGUCACCAGCCAGACAAUCUUUACCAAGCAGCAGCUGCUGGUUGCUCCUGCCAGUCACCCACAUAGCGUGUAUACUGACAUUGGAUCAAGCACUUCCUCCAUUUAGUGGCACUCAAUGAACAUCAUUGCAGAAGUCUCUUGCAAUACAGAAAAUGCCCCCAAAAAGGAAACCCUACUGCUGAGGACAAGGGCCAUGAUGGUAUCAGCACAAAUUAUUCAUUUGAACAACAAACUAGUAAUCUGCGCUAUCUAGGCUUCAAAAACUAAUGAAUCGUUUUGUAGAACAGUAAAUGCUCCAAGAAAGUGAAUCCUUUGUUCUUGGAAUACCUAUAACCAAUGUCCUUGAGAGCGUAGAUUGUUCAGUAAUAUAAUAAAAUUCUUUGUAAAAUGGAGUUCGGUAUUGAUUCAGGCUGGGAAAUUGUUCUCCUGAACCUCAGACCAGUCAUUUGCACUGCAUAGGCUUGAAACACUGAUAAGUCAUUUCACAGAACCAACAGAAAAUACUCCAAAAAAGGGAACCCCUUGUUUUUUUGAAAUGACUGCAUUAAAUUUUCAUAACAACAAAAGUCAUUCAGUAAAGGACUAAACACACCUACAGAGCGAACGUGUGGAGGAGUGCUGUGAAAAUAUUCAUUGCAGUGAAAAAUUAUUCCCUUGAACCUGAGAAUGGUCAGAUUCUGUAUCUAGGUCAGAAUAACAGAUUAGUCGUUUUCCAGCACAAAGUAUACUUCAAAAACUACAACUUUCUUCAUUUAUGAAAGUGCAACUGAUUCGUUCUGGGGAUUUUUUGUAGUUUAUCGCUUUCCCAACAGCCAACCCAGACAACUGCAUCAAAUUGUUCACAUGUAAAAUCAAGCAGCUCCUGUCUCUAAAUACCACACACCAUUGUUCUUGUAGACAAAUAACGUUUAACCUGGGAUAUUGGAGGGAAUCAACAAAAGGUUCGAUGCACUGGACAAUCAUCGUGAUGCUAGGCUGGAUAGUUAAGGGCAUUCACGUUCCACUGUGAAAGCUGUACUCUCCUAGGACCUGAUCAACUGCCACAUAUACCCAUCAACAAAUUGCCCAGUCUGGAACAGCUGGAACACCAUAUAAACACUCGUUUUCAUCACCCUAAAUGCAGUCACCUGUUUGUUGCUUAUGCUACCAUAGUUUAACUUAAAGGUAGCAUUCUAGCAGUAGGAGUUAAGUUCCCGCUAUUUUCGUAUGGUUUCGUUAAGUUAGGAAUUUACAGUAGCUUUCACAAUGAAAGAACGUGGGAGCAAGAAUCACCUUCGAUGUUAAAAUUCUCAGUUAUGUUUUUCUCUAAUCUGAAUCGACGGGCCUCAAAGUAUGAAGCUUCAUUUAGAGUGUUAAAGGAGAUUAUCAACAUAUGUUCAGGGCAUCCUAGCUGUAUACUUCCCGCGAAAAAUAUAAACAAAAAUAUGGUGCAUAGCACUAAAUAUUUCGGAAUUAUGAGUACGAAGCGUAAUUUUAAUCGUAUGUUUAGCAAUAACAUUAUUGUUGGGUAUCUGUUCUGCUCAUACAGAAGAAUAGAUAAAUGGCUGAUUACAUAUCUUGUUUAAUUAGUUCAUAAAAAAAUUCACACAAUUUUUGGUAAUAGUUCUCCUUCCUUAUUUCCUUCUAUGCGACAUUUCCUUAAAAUUCCAUCUGCACCAUCAUUUUUCCUAUGUACUCGUCCAAGAGUGCAGAAUUUUGUGUGGAAGCGAAAAGCUAAAAAAUAACGAAGCAAAUAUUUCUUGCCCCCUUUCUUCUUUCUGUCCUAGUUAGAUAUUAUAAAAAUUCUCAUAUUGCUCCCCAAACUUUCACAAACCAACUGAUUUAACGUUUUUACACCACCACAGAUAUUCCAGCAAUACCACUCAUUCCACAAGCCUGCCAACGAUGUUUAAUUCGAGUUCUUUAUUUACGCAGUUAUUUGUGAAUAAAGCACUGUAGAGGGAUCAACACAUUUCUUUAUACAUAAUACUAUCGCCAUCGUCAGCUCAGUAAUUUAGGGUAAAUGAUGAUAAUAAUGACAGGAGUUUCUUAUACGGCAUCAGGCUGCAAAAGUUCAAAAAUUUUAUAAAGGUUUACUCAGCAAAACUUAGAAUAUGUAAAACAACAUUCGGGGUAAAAAUCAGUUACACCUGUGCAUAACCGGGAUAUCAAUUGUCAACUUAGUUGAAUUUUUUUAAUUUUUUUACAAAGAUGCAAGUGUAAGCCGAGUGAUGGUGUAAGUGCGAGGGGCAUACUCUCCACUUUCAUCCUCCUUUCAUAAAAUAAAAAACGCGAAUUAAAUGGACACACUUGCACAUUCGUCAGAUUAGCUAUCCAGUCGGCAAGAAAUGUUCAUGUGGAGUUCACCUAAAUUUGACAAGUAUUCAUUAUAUCUGCUUUAUAUCCAUAUCUGUACAUCACCACAUAUAGUUUAGUAUUAAAUAUUUUGAGGAAAAAUAUAUGUAAUACUAAAGUUAAUGAAAUAUAUAUUUAAUUCAGGCACAAAGAUUAUAUCCUUCCGAAACAUCAUUUUAACUGUCAGACUCAAGCACCAGAAGCCGGUCAAAGUAUCUUUAGCCACUGUCUGCAUGGGCUGUCAUAGUUCACAAAUGUAACUUAAAAUAAUUACAACAUUCACUCUUCGUAUGUAAAUAUGUAAAUAGUAUAAAAGUAAGGUCAAACUACAGGUAGUAAUCAGUUAUCAGAUUUGACCGAGACUGUAGAGAUGUCAAAAGGUGGUUUGUGUCAAUCCUUCGGUAUCCUUCGUGAUAUUCAUAUAACUGAGCUGGAUAUCUGCUUCUUCCAAAAUUUUGUCACUAUGACGAAGCUCGUCAGUUACAGCUCCUAUGGCGUUUUAAGAAUCUUGGUUAAAAAUAUUCCUGCUUUGUUUAAUGCUCUAUGAAGUAUGGCUCACUUUGGAACCAUGAAUUUCCCAAUAUUACCUGUUUGAGAUCUACAAGUUCAACAGGGUCUCUUAUACUCGACAGAUGGAACGGUCAAAUCUCUUUAUCCUGUGCAGGUGUGAGAUGUACCAUCCGUAUCCCAACAUGAUGCGAGUUACUGUGAAUGGAUGGUGUUUAUUAAAUCUCGUUUGAGUAAACCAUAAUUUUUAUGAAAUAAUAUAUGCUACAACAGUCACCUGUUACUGAUAUUUUAUUAGGACGACACGGUUUGGCAACAUUUUGCCAUCGUAAGGUGCGUUGACCGUUACUUUUACACUGUAAUUAAUAUGAAAUAAAGUUAGUUUCCUUUGUUGUGUGUGCUAGUGAAGUUACGCGUUGAAAUGAGGGCUGUUCGGGAAGAUAAAUAUGUUGCAGUUUGUAUAUUAUGUGAUAAGCAUGGUUAGUCAUUUUGUUAGUGCAUUUACUUACAUUUUUGUUGGUAAUUUCAUUGGCUGGCACACAGAGCACAGUAAAAAGUACUGAGCAACUUAUCAAUCAUUUUUUUACAUCAAUCCAAAGAGUCUUAAAAGCUAAGAUAAACCAGUUUCUAUUGCUAAUGGAAUAGUAUACGGUGAAGGUGAAACAUUUACAUCUAGAUACAUUUACGUCAUGGCAAAUAUUUUGUGAGUGGUUGGCUAAGGCAAUUUUUUUUUCUAUGUGCCUAACAACGAAAUUAUAAACAGUAGUGUAAGUAAAUAAAAUAACAAAAUGCACCUUAUGAUGGCAGCAUACUGCCGAAACGCGUCGUGCUAAUAAAAUAUUACUAACAAGUGACUGUUACAGUAUAUAUUUAUUUAUAAAAAUCUUAAAAUGAGUCGCAGCCCUUAAAUAACAUCCAUAUAACAUGGAUAAAUUUAAGAACCAUUAUUGUUUAGGGUUAUGAAGAUCGGAUUUUGCACAAUUUCGUCCUUUUAUCAGUUGAAGGGAGACUGCUACAUCUCUUUCCAUUCCUAGAAGACCUUGUUCCUCAGCGUAGCGGUAAGCCAGUCUAGUAUAAUAAGCAAGAGCUGCUGUCUCAGCUAGCUUCAAAACUUACUCUACCAGCUCAUUUUCUGUGAUGCCAGAGUGUCAUUUCAUCCAAAGUAAUUAUACAAGUAUAUGUGGAUACUCGUAUUUUGAUGCAAUUUAAGUAUAUUAAAUGCAUGAUGGUUAGUUUUUGAGUUCCAUUCGUAAUACUCUAAUAAGUCAACAUGGAUAGACAAACCGACUAUAACAGAAACCAGAAAUCUUUGCAGUGACUGUCAACGUCGAUUCAACGCCCGAGGAAAUUAAUAUGAAAAAAAAAAACACAGUCAAGCAUUUGAGUAUUCAGGGGUC